AGUCAUUAUUUCCUGUUGGACCUGUUAGAUUAGUUUAGACCGGCUAAAACACAAACACACACAGCACAAAUCUCUAUUCCCACCAAGGCAGAGGAGCUGCAAAUAGGAAACAUACAGGAAAUAUAAGAAACAAUAAGAAGACACUGUCAGAAUGAAUCGGUAUGAAGAGACAAAGGUGGAGACCCUUUCUUCUAAAACCACUGUGGGACAAAAGAGUCUGACCAAAGCUCAGAGCAGAACACCUGGACCAGGAAGCAGUGUCUCCAUGAAGAGUGACAGGUCAAAGGGGAUUCCUAUUAAGUUUGAUUUACCCGAUGAUGACAGAAGCAGAACACCUGGACCAGGAAGCAGUGUGUCCAUGAAGAGUGACAGAUCAAAGGGGAUUCCUAUUAAGUUUCAUUCACUCGUUGACAGAAGCAGAACACCUGGACCAGGAAGCAGUGUGUCCAUGAAGAGUGACAGAUCAAAGGGGAUUCCUAUUAAAUUUGAUUCACCCGAUGAUGACAGAAGAACACCUGGAACAGGAACCUCCCGCAUAUCCAUGAGGAGUGACAUGUCAAAAGGAAUUCCUAUUAAAUUCAGUUCAUCUGAUGUUGAAAGAAUGGACCAGGAGAUUUCAGAGAUUCCCAGUGAUCAGUCUGCCCAGCAGUAUGAAACUUGCCUGACCUCAACAUUUAUGUUGCUGGAGGAAAGCAUUAUCACUUUUGUGAAGACUGAGCUGAAGAGGUUCCAAAAGGUUCUGAGUCCAGAUCACCAAGAAUGCUUAGAGAGUCAGAAAGACAAUGGGAAAGUGUUGGAUGGUGAGGAUGAAGAGCAGAGAAGGAGCAGCAGAGACGCAUUUCUGAAGAUCACAUUAAACUUUCUGAAAAGGUUAAAGCAAAAGGAGCUGGCAGACUGUCUGCAGAGUAAAUUUCCCAAAAUGUGUCAGGAUCAACUUAAAUUUAACCUGAAGAAAAAGUUCCAGUUCGUGUUUGAGGGCAUCGCUAAAGCAGGAAACCCCACCCCACUCAACCAGAUCUACACAGAGCUCUACAUCACAGAGGAAGGGACUGGAGAGGUCAACAAUGAACACGAGGUCAGACAGAUUGAAAGAGCGUCCAGAAAACCAGACAGAGCAGAAACAACCAUCAGACAUAAAGACAUCUUUAAAGGCUCAGCUGGAGGGUCCCGACCCAUCAGAACCGUGGUGACCAAGGGAGUGGCGGGCAUUGGGAAAACAGUCCUAACACAGAAGUUCACUCUGGACUGGGCUGAAGACAAAGACAACCAGGACAUACAGUUCACUUUUCCGUUCACCUUCAGAGAGCUGAAUGUGCUGAAAGAGCAAAAGUUCAGCUUGGUGGAACUUGUUCAUCACUUCUUUACUGAAAGCAUGGAUAUCUGCAGAUUUGAACAAUUCCAGGUUGUUUUUAUCUUGGAUGGUCUGGAUGAGUGUCGACUUCCUCUGGACUUCCACAACACUAAAACCCUGACUGAUGUCACAGAGUCCACCUCGGUUGAUGUGCUGCUGACAAACCUCAUCAGAGGGAACCUGCUUCCCUCUGCUCGCCUCUGGAUCACUACACGACCUGCAGCAGCCAAUCAGAUCCCUCCUGGCUGCGUUGACAUGGUGACAGAGGUCAGAGGCUUCACUGACCCACAGAAGGACGAGUACUUCAGGAAGAGAUUCAGAGAUGAGCAGCAGGCCACAACAAUCAUCUCCCACAUCAAGACGUCACGAAGCCUCCACAUCAUGUGCCACAUCCCAGUCUUCUGCUGGAUCACUGCUACAGUUCUGCAGGAUCUGUUGAAAACCAGAGAGGUAGGAGAGCUGCCCAAGACCCUGACGGACAUGUACAGCCUCUUCCUGGUGUUUCAGACCAAAGUGAAAAACAUCAAGUAUAAUGGAGGAGCUGAGAUGGAUCCACUCUGGAGUCCAGAUAACAAGAAGAUGAUCGAGUCUCUGGGGAAACUAGCUUUUGAGCAGCUGCAAAAAGGAAACCUGAUCUUCUAUGAGUCAGACCUGACAGAGUGUGGCAUCAAUAUCAGAGCAGCCUCAGUUUACUCAGGAGUUUUCACACAGAUCUUCAAGGAGGAGACAGCCCUGUACCAGGACAAGGUGUUCUGCUUCAUCCAUCUCAGUGUUCAGGAGUUUCUGGCUGCUCUUUAUGUCUACAUGACCUUCAUCAACUCUGGAGUCAACCUGCUUUCACAACAACAAUCAACAUUCCAGGUGCCUGAAAGAAGAACUGACAAAUCUGCAAAGACACAGUUCUACCAUGAUGCUGUGGACAAGGCCUUAGAGAGUUCAAAUGGACACCUGGACUUAUUCCUCCGCUUCCUCCUUGGACUCUCACUGCAGAGAAAUCAAACUCUGCUACGAGGUCUGUUGAAUGAACAUGAUAAAAAGAUAAAAAGACAGAGUGGAGAGUCCAUCCAAGAAACAGUCUGGUACAUCAAGAAAAAAAUCAGACAGAGUCUGUCUGCAGAAAAAAGCAUCAAUCUGUUCCACUGUCUGAAUGAAGUAAAUGAUUGCUCACUAGUAAAAGACAUUCAACAGUUUGUCCAGUCAGGAAUUUUCUGCCCAGAUAAUCUGUCUCCUGAACAGUGGUCAGCUCUGGUCUUCAUCUUACUGUCAUCAGAAGACCUGGAUGAGUUUGACUUAAAGAAAUACUCAGCUUCAGAGGAGGUACUUCUGAGGCUGCUUCCAGUGGUUAGUGCCUCCAGGAGUGCUUUGCUGAAUAGUUGUCACCUCACAGAUAGAGCCUGUGAAGCCCUGGCUUCAGUUCUUAUCUCCCAGUCUUCUAGUCUGAGGGAACUGGACCUGAGUAACAACGACCUGAAGGAUUCAGGAAUGAAGCUGCUGUGUGUCGGACUAAAGAAUCCACGGUGUAAAUUAAAAUCUCUCAGAGUGUCAGGCUGUUUGAUCACAGAAGAGGGCUUUGCCUGCCUGGCCUCAGCUCUGCGUUCCAACCCCUUACACUUGACAGAACUGGACCUCACUUACAAUUAUUCAGGAGACAAAGGAGGGAGACACUGGAAAACAUGCAUGGACAUUGUCAGGAUGGAACCUACUGGAAAUCAAUAUAUGGUACCAGGUCUGAACAAAUAUUUCUGUGAACUCACAAUUGACACAAACACAGUGAACAGUCAACUACAACUCUCUGAAAACAACAGGAAGGUGACAUUUGCCGAAACGGAUCAGUCAUACCCUGAUCAUCCAGACAGAUUUACGCUUCCUCUGCUGCUGUGUAGUAAUGGUCUGACUGGUCGCUGCUACUGGGAGGUUGACUGGGCUGGAAGGGUUUUUGUAUCAGUGAGUUAUGGAAGAAUCAGCAGGCGUGGAGACAUGCAAGACUGUAUGUUUGGACUAAACACUCAGUCCUGGAACCUGAUGCUCUGCUCUGAAGGUGCUUACACUGCCUGGCACAAUAACAAUGGGAUAUCCGCCUCUGUGUCUUCUUUGAACUUCUCCUCUGGCUCUGACAGAGUAGCAGUGUAUGUGGACUGUCCUGCUGGGACUCUGUCCUUCUACAGAGUUGACUCUGACAAACACAUCCAUCUUCACACCUUCAACACCACAUUCACUGAACUUCUUUAUCCUGGGUUUGGAAUUCCUAAAAAUGAUGGCAGGUCUUUUUUAUAUCUAAGGAACACCAAGGAAUAUUAUGUGUAAUAUUCAGUUCAGAAACACUGACACAUAGUUCACCUGUACAUGAACACUGUUUCACAUAUUCAUUAUUUAGUUUAAGGGGUUGCCACUGUGUAUGAACUAUAUUUUUCAACAGCUGUGUAACAGUUUGAAACAGCUGAUGUUAUCUAGCAACUUAUAAAUCAGGAAGACCCAGGUUAAUAUAUGUUACUGUUUCCCAUUAUCUUAUCUUAUCUUAAUAAAACCUAAAAUCUUUUAUUAUUAUUAUUAUUAUUUGCCUGGACUAAAUCUGUAUAAUAAUGUUUGUUAGCUUUCGCAGUAUUAUCUUCUCUCAUUUUUAUAGCAAUAACUAAAUUUUUAUUGAUCCCACAUUGGGCAGAUUUUAAAAAUCAAAUAAUUAUGUUCAUAUAUCAGUUGGUUAAACUGUGGAGUAGUUGAGUCUAACAGCUGCUUUAACGCUGCUUCCCAUGGGGGCGUCGGACUCUGAAGGAGCCCCCACUGUCUGAUGCAGAGGUCAGAGGUGUUUUCCAUGAUGGACUUCACCCCAGCAGACGACAAGUGUAGUAGAGACAUGAUCUACCACUGAGUCAUUAGAGCCUGAACCCUCCACAGGAUGAUGACCACUACUCUGGCCCUUCUCAUGCAGGGGAUUAGUGCUACAGGUUCAGUCCAAUUUAAGCAUUAGGUUAACACUCCAGGCCCAACAAAAGCCUGACUCUAAGGUCAGCUGAGUCAUGGUGAGGUGACAUUACUACGCUAAACCUGUCUACCCUAUAUUUCUUUCUUCUAAAGUUGCUUGUAGACUAAAGUCAGACUCUUUAUGACUCUAUAUUUGUCACUAAUAACCUCUAAGAAGAGUUCUUGUUCAUGUUUUCAACAACCAAUCUUAAUAGUAAUCUUACAUGUAACUGAGAUAUGUUGAAUUAGUUGUGAAUCAGUAAUGCAGUAUUAUCGUGUGCUCUUGUGUUUAUUGUGAAGCCCUUUUAUUAUCAGUCUGAGACAGAGCUUAUUAUAGUUUCUAGAUUUGUGGAGUUACUUCACCUUAGAAGACUCUUCAUGUUUCAUGUAAAAAAAAUAUUUUGCCCAUUUAUUUGUAGUUUUUAUGAUGUAAAUCAUACUGUCUUAUUGUUUAGACAGUUUUUAGGCUUCAUAGUGUUUUACAUGUCAUCGGUGUGGUUCUCUCUGAGGCUCUGGUGGAAGACUUUCACCUCUGUGGCUGCAAAUAUAAAUAUUAGCUUUGACUUGUUCUCUGUCAAACGGAAGGCAGAUCAAUAAAAUUCAGGGUGACAUGU